UAUCUAGACUUGGGAUUGUGUUCGAAGUUGUAUGUAUUUACUUAUUUUGUGUUGUUUGUUUUGAGUGUUAAGAUACUUAAAAUGGAGACGCUUUUGGAACAACAGCGUCGAUACCACGAAGAACGGGAGCGUUUGAUCGAUACUAUGGUGAAAGAAAUGUUGUACAAAAAAAGUUCUAAUCGUGACCAGAUUAAUUCAGAUCAUCGUCUGAGGAUUCUGCUUGAUAGACAUAUGGAUUGCACUUAUAAUUUAAAGGAAUUAUAUGAAGAUAAAGAUGGUCUUAGGAAAGCUGAAAUUGCUUCUUUGACUGGACCAAAUGAGUUUGCUGAAUUUUAUUCCAGAUUGAGAGAAAUUCGAGAAUUUUAUAGAAAACAUCCACAUGAAAUUCAAGUACCCAUGUCUGUUGAAUUUGAGGAGUUAAAUAAGUUAAGAGAGACUACUGAAGAUAACGUACCAGAUAACAUGGUUGAUUUCACCGAUGAGGAAGGAUAUGGAAAAUUUCUUGAUCUUCAUGAAUGUUAUGAAAAGUAUUUGAAUAUUCGUGGAGUUGAGAAAGUUGAUUAUUUGACAUAUUUGUCAAUUUUUGAUCAAGUUUUUGACAUACCGAAAGAGAGGAAGAAUACAGAAUAUAAAAAAUAUAUAGAAAGCUUGCUAGAGUAUCUGGAGGGUUACAUAUCUCGUAUUAAGCCAUUGCUUGAUCUCAGUGAGGAGAUGGAUUCUGUGUUAAGUGAAUUUGAAAAACAAUGGGAACUAGGCACUUUCCCUGGUUGGCAAAAAGAAACUGAAAGUGCUCUGACGCAUUCUGGUGCUCACCUGGAUUUAUCUGCCUUUUCGUCAUGGGAGGAACUGGCGUCAUUAGGAUUGGACAGAUUAAAAUCUGCUUUGAUGGCCUUGGGAUUGAAAUGUGGAGGAACCCUUGAAGAAAGAGCUCAGAGACUUUUCCAAACAAAGGGAAAGAAGCUCAGCGAGUUGGAUCCAUCCAUGUUUGCUAAAUCCAAACCAGGUAAAGCUGGACGUCAUAAGGAUGUUGAAAGGCAAAGGGAAUUAGCCAUAUUAGAAGCCCAACUUUAUAGAUUAGUUGAAAUUGUAUCUGAGCAGAGGCAAGCUACUAAAGAAAAUGUGCAAAGGAAACAAGCACGUACUGUUGGAGAGAGGGAAGAAUCUGAUAAUGAAGCUUCUGAGUCAGAUUCUGAUGAUGAAGAUGAUAAUGAUGUUAUUUAUAAUCCUAAAAAUUUGCCAUUAGGUUGGGAUGGAAAGCCUAUCCCUUACUGGUUGUACAAAUUACAUGGGCUAAAUAUAACUUAUAGCUGUGAAAUUUGUGGCAAUUUCACAUAUAAGGGGCCUAAAGCUUUCCAAAGACAUUUUGCUGAAUGGAGACAUGCUCAUGGAAUGCGAUGUUUAGGAAUUCCAAAUACAGCCCACUUUGCUAAUGUCACUCAGAUUGAAGAUGCUCUUGGUUUGUGGCAAAAAUUAAAAGAACAAAAGCAGAAAGAAAGAUUCCUUCCCAGUAAUGAGGAGGAGUAUGAAGAUACACAGGGCAAUGUAGUAAAUAAGAAAACCUAUGAAGAUUUAAAGAGACAAGGUCUGUUGUAAAAACAAAUAUGUAUAAAAUGAACUGUAUUAUACUUUCAUUUGCAUUUCAUUUACUGUAACAUUUUAUUGGGGGAAAAAAAAUUUCUUCAAGAAAUAAAUUUGCUAUUCAUCAUU